AUGGGAGGAGGACGCAAAACCAAGCAUGGCGCGAAGGUAGCGCCAAUCUUCCACGCCCGCAGGGAGGAGAGCUCCUCACGUGGGGAAGAUGGCCGCGAUGAAGACUCUGACUCGGCGGCAAGCGAUACUAGCCGCAAAGCAGCCACGACACCUCUCACAAAAGAAGACCUCCGACACCUGCUGCAGGAGAUUAAAAUGAACAUGGCUGCCGAGUUCUCCAGACACCUGGCGCCCAUUACAGACAGCCUAAAUGAUCUUACACGCAGAACUACCGCCAUUGAAGACCAGCUAGACCGCACCUCCACGCGGUCACAGACAAAUGAGACUGCCAUCUCAGCACUGCAAGACCAGGUACGCCUGCUGGAAGAGGCCCAAGAAGACCUCAAUAACCGUUCCCGCUGUAACAACAUACGAAUUUGCGGGGUGCCAGAGACGGUUGGAAUAGAUACACUGGCCUCCACACUGAGAGAGCUUUUCUGCGGCCUACUCCCAGAGGCCUCACCGGCCGAGCUCCUACUAGACAGAGCCCACAGGGCCCUUAAAGCCCCUCUUCCUAACGCAACCCAGCCCAGGGAUAUUAUUAUCUGCAUGCACUAUUUCCAUAUUAAAGAGGCGCUGAUGAGAGCGGCAAGAGACACCCCACUCCAGAUAGAGGGGCACCAAGUAUGUUUCUAUCAAGAUUUAGCUCCAAGCACAAUACGCAAAAGAAGGGAACUUAGACCCCUAACCCUGGAACUGGCCAGGAGACACAUAAGAUACACAUGGGGCCACCCCUUCAAGCUACAAGUCAGACAAAAUAACCGUGUAUUCACUCUGCACAAUAUCUCCGAAGCAACAGAAUUCGCGGAACGCCUGGACCUUCCGGCCAUUGACCUCAACGCCGAACAGCCUGACAGACGCCCUGCAGGAAGGCUUUCUCCUAGGGGCCCAACACCGCACCCGACUAGGGCUCCAGCUCCCAGCAGCUCUUGCCCUCCACCGGCCAACUAA